AUGAACAAAUCAUUAUUUGGCAUUUUCUUUUUCUUAUACGUCUUUCCAGUUAUCAUUUACACAUUUCCCUCACCUUCGUUGGUAAAGAGAGAUUUUGCACCAUGUGAUGGCACUUAUCCAAUUACCUUUAGUAAAUUUGAAUAUCUCCCUCAACCAGUUAAAAUAGAUAGUCCUAUGACCUUAACCAUCGAAGGUGUGAGCACAAUCACCAUAGAGCCAAAAACUAUACUUCAAACCAGAGUUCCUAGUGGUGCCAAAAUCAUGUCGCCUUUUUGUGAAGAAUUAAACCUAACAUGCCCAUUUGCACCUGGACCUUUCUCAUAUACAGGUACCGCCUACAUUCAAAUCAUUCCUGGUGGCACUACUGAUAAAAUUGAAGAGAUUAUUGAAGUUCUUGCUCCUGAUGGAGUAACUAAACUAGG